AUACUCAGUUUCGUACCGCCGUUCACCAGGAGAGGAUUAUUUCGAACGAUUUCGACCCUUCCACGAUGACGGCUCACUAACACAAGGAAAAAAUGACUGAUCAAUGUCAAAAAAAUAAUCAGGUGGUCCUUGUCGACGGUGAUGUCGAGAAGAAUCUGAUGAAACUAUUUGAAAACAUUGAAAAGCCUUCGAAGAGUACUUCCUGGGAAAGAAAAAAGUUACCAGAAUCUUUUUUCAGGAAUCCAAAUGCGAAUGAAGCCCCAAUUCAACCCUCACACGUUAAACAACGUUCCGCACCGGCAAUGUUAGAUCAUUCGAGCCUUACUGUGGCUUCCCCUGUCCACCCGAGACAGAGAUCAGCAAAUAUUUUGGAUGAUAAUAAUUGGGAAAUGAAAAGCCACAUGAGUCCUUUCGUUAAUAACAACAACAUAAUCGAGGCGGCCAACCAUCAACAGCAGCCAUGGAUUCAAGCUCCCGUAAAAGCUAGAGUGACUAGCCCCAUCCCUCAGAGUCCCACUCCCAUACUUCCUGGUUACGUAGCUGCAUUACCACUAGGAUGGGAACAAGCUGUAACUGCUCAGGGCGAAGUUUACUUUAUUAAUCAUCUCAAAAAAGAGACGUCCUGGUAUGAUCCUCGUCUUCCUCCGAAUAUACAGAAAAUUGGAAUGACUGAAGCUUUUCUAAAAGAUAUACAUCAGAGAUUUAGCGAAAGCCAGCAGAGACAGCUCAGUAUUCAAGAAGAAAUAAAACGUAUUGAAAUGAUGAGGCAGCAAAUUCGUAAGAAGGAUGAGGAAUUAACAAGGGAAUAUGAGCGCCUGUUGCAGCAGUUAAAAAUAAGCGAACAGCCGCAAGGUAACGCAGAAGCUGGAGUAUUUAUCCAUGGUCGACAAAAUUCGGGCGAUUCUGGUUUGGGUGGAAUGUACAGUUUACCUAAACAACAUUUGCCUACAGAACAGCAACAGCAGCCGCAGCCACCUCAAGGUAACCCAACUACUGCUGUUUCCGAAGUCGAUACUAAGCAUUUGGUUGACUUGGCUUCUGAUUUAAGUAAUCAUAAUGAUGUUCUCAUGGAACACGAGGAUUUUCUUCCGCCGGAGCUUUUACACAUGACUGGAAUGGAAGAAAAUGAAAAGCCUACUUGGUUGUAG